UCCCCGUAACUUAAAAGUCCUUCAGUGAUGUGUCAGAGGGAAUGCUGAGAGACUGCCACAUACAACAUUAGUUGUCGUUGCUCACUGGCAACAUGUCACCCAAUGGCUGGGCUUGUCUCGUAAUAUUAUUUACCAUUGGUUCAUGUGAAUCAAUCCGACCCAUAUGCGAGACAGAUGAAUGUAAGACAGCUGCCGAUAGAAUCCUGAACUACAUGGAUCCAUCUGUCAGGCCCUGCGAUGACUUUUACAAAUUUGCUUGCGGGAAAUUCCUGGAAUCUGCAGAACUACGUGAUUAUUUGUCAAGUAACUCUUCGUUCAUCCAAGUUCACGAAAUAGUGGAAGAUCAGUUGAAGGCUAUCCUUUUCGAAGAGUCCACACCAGAUGAACCUAACCCAUACAAGACAAUGAAACAUCUGUUUUCUCUGUGUUUGGAUGAAGACAAGAUAGAUGACAGAGGAGUAAGUCCAGCGGUCUCUAGGCUGGAGGCUGCUGGAGGCUGGCCGGUGCUGGGAAACUGGAGGCACUUUGGCUGGAGCUUCCUGGACACCGAAAUACGACUGAGAAACCUCUCUAUCGGUGGUGGAAGUCUCUUCCAGAUAGACGUAUCCGUAGAUCUAAAGAAUGCCAGCAAACGUGUCAUCCAGAUUGACCAGCCCAAGGUCUUGAGACAGUCACGGGAGUUUCUAGUGAAGGGGCUGAGCAACCCCAUAGUCCAGGCCUACUACAGCUACAUGGUGGACAUAGCGGAGAUGUUCGGGGCAGAUAGACGUCUGGCACAAGUAAAACUCAACGAGAGCUUGAUGUUCGAGAUAGAGCUAGCAAAGAUAACAAUACCACAAGAACAAAGGCGUGAAUUUGAACGCAUGUACAAUUCCUACGAGCUGGAAGAUCUAAGAACAGAGUUCGAGUGGGUAGACUGGGUAGCACUUCUGGAAAGCAUAAUGCCAGCGUCUGUGCAGCUCAGAAAAAACGAACUGAUACUGGUCAAAGAAGUGGAAUUCCUCAAAAAGCUUGAGGUGCUCCUACAGAAGCACUCUGAUGAAGUUAUUGCCAACUACAUGAUGUGGCAAGCAGCUAGAGGUAUGACGGACCAUCUGACUAAACAGAUGAGGAAUAGGAAGAUGGAAUAUCUCCGUGCCACGGAAGGGAUAGCUGCGCGAGAGCCCCGGUGGAAGGAGUGUAUCGGAGUCGCUUCAAGACUUCCACUGGCCCUCUCUUCAAUGUAUGUUGAGAGAUACUUUGAUGAUACCUCCAGAAAGGUAGCUCUGAAUAUGACCAAUAUGAUACGUGAGGAGAUGAUGCGUGGCAUUCUAGAACUAGACUGGAUGGAUGAAGAAACCAAAAUGCGAGCCGUGUACAAGGCAUAUCACGUUGUUCAACAUAUUGGCUAUCCUGAUGAGCUGAAGGAUAUAAACAAAAUUGAAGAAUUCUAUAAAGGGCUGGACAUCGACCAGGAUCAGUACUUUGAGGCGUUGAUCGAUCUGUCUCGUUGGGAAAACGACUACAUGUUCCGCCAACUGCGAGAGGUGGUGAACAGGACAGACUGGAGGUCACAUGGUACAGUCACUGAAGUAAACGCUUUCUAUGUUCCUUGGGAGAAUUCCAUGGAAUUUCCAGCUGCGAUUCUCCAGCAGCCGUUCUUCAGUGCUCGGGUUCCUCAGUACCUGAACUACGCCACGAUAGGGGUCACUAUCGGCCACGAGAUUACGCAUGGAUUUGAUGAUGAGGGAAGCCAGUUUGACUACAAGGGUGAUCUUAACGAUUGGUGGGAGGCGGAGAGCAAGGAGAAUUUUAAUGAGAAGAAGAUGUGUAUAAUAGACCAAUAUGGCAGCUAUAAAGACAGCCAGACUCAACUGAAACUGAACGGCAUCACCACACAGGGAGAAAACAUAGCGGACAACGGUGGAUUCAAGUUGGCCUAUCUUGCGUACCAUUGGAUGGCAGAUCAGCUGAUGGAACCGGAACCCGGGCUGCCAAACUUGGAACAAUACAGCAACGAUCAGCUGUUUAUGAUCGGUGUGGCCAACAUCGAGUGCACGCGGUAUCGCCCCGAGUCUCUCAGAGAGCGGAUCCAUACAGACCCACAUUCCCCGGCAGAGUUUAGAAUUAACGGAGUUCUGAAGAACUUCCCAGAGUUUAGUAAGGUGUUCCAGUGUGGCUCUGAGGAUGCUAUGAAUCCUGAGAAUAAGUGCGUUGUUUGGUAGUCCUGGUUAAAUUAGCUGGGAUCUUUUAUCAGCAAUUAAUUAAAAUGAGUAAUUUGUACUAGUUUGCUUUGCAGUAUGAUUUUUCGUCAUUUAUAUUUGCAAAUAAUUAAGAAAUUGAAUUCAAUUUAGGAAUAGAAGAUUUUAGUAUUCAUUGCAAUAUUCAUAAAAUACUGCUAAAUAAAUAACCAUGAUGGGUUAAAUGUGAUGAGUGUUAUGUGGUUCCACAGAAAAAAUGUACAAUACAUUUUUUUCGCUGUAUUCAUGUAAAACUUAUUACAAAUGGUUUUUUAUAUAAAUUAAUCAAAAUAUUAUUACAAUCAAUUCUCAAAAUAUAAUUAUUACAAAUUUAAUUUACGGUAUAUCGUAUGAAUUUUCCUUACGUAUGUUUUUUUAUUCUUAUAUAUUUUAAUACUAUGAAUAUAUUACAAUUAGGGUUUAAUAUAAUAUUGUACUAGUCUAUGACCAAUAUAGGGAAAUGUGUAGAUUAAAAUAAUUAUUUGGUAUUUAAAAUACAUUUAUUAUUUAAAUGUGUGUUGGAAUGGUUUUGGAAUGUGUGUUUAGUUGAGGUUGUGGUUUUAAAUAAAUGUAACGUUGAUUUUAA